AUGAAGCGACAACUAAGGUCAAGAAUAAGAUCGGUUCUCCCUCAUUCAAGUAGCAAUACUGCGAUCGGGCACUCCAGAACCUCUAGGCGAAUUCAUUUGCGGCGUCAUCACACUUGUAGAAAUCGAUUUGUGAGGAAAGAUGUACCAAUUCAAAUCGAAAACGAAGGAAACAAAUUUCGAUUGAUAUCAAAACGUUCGCUCUCCUCUGAUAUGGAUAGCGUCUGGAGACAUACCUCUACGAGACUCCUGGAGACACCCAUCGGAAGCUUUGACGAUCCCAAAACUCGCACAGAAUGUCACAUGGCAGUACUUUGGUGGCUGAACGAUGCCCCGGCGGACGAAGGAACAUCCAUGGCAAUUCGUCUCUUGGAAAGAAUACAGAAAGACGAUCAAACUUUGCGACAAAACAAAGAGAGCUUGGACUGGAUUGCCGGCGAGGCGACCGAAGACUUGUUCACAACUGAUCUUCUCAACUUGGUAGUCAACAAUUGGAGAAAAGCUGCUGCAGAAAAGCCUCUUCUGUUUGGAGGGGAUCCCGAAUUGAGUGCGUCUUCUUUAUUCGAGAGAAUCAAGGCGCUUGAAGCAAGUAGCUCGACAAUUCUGAAACCUGAUGUUCACACAUUUAGCAUGAUUAUGGAUGGAGCCAUCCACGAUUCCCGUCAAUCUGUGAUAGUUGGACAUGACAUUCUCCAAUACCUUCGAAUACAUGCAACGAAUCAUCCUCGUCUCCGUCCGAAUGUUUACACGUUCUCAACGCUAAUGAACAGUUGGGUCAAGUCGGGACGAGCUGAGGCUCCUGACAAAGUAGAGGAACUUUUGGAGCAAAUGCACGAACUUUCAUUUGAGGAACCUGAAUGGGAUGUGGCACCAAAUCAAGUGACCUAUGCUACUGCUAUUGAUUGUUGGGCGCAAAAGGGUCGACCAGAUCGGGUUGAAUUUCUUUUGCAAGAAAUGUAUGAAGAAUCUAGGAAUGGGAACGAGGAAUUGAAACCUGCACUUGCUUGCUUCAAUGGGUACCUCGUGGCGCUUGCCAAGGCUGGAGACGUGGACAAAGCACAAUCUGUCUUGGAUCAAAUGGAACGCCUUUAUGAAUCCGGAGAAUUGAAUGAGCAGCCAUCGGUCAUUUCCUAUAGCACUGUAUUGAGUGCAUUUGCCAAAUCAAAGACCGAACCAGAAGUCGCCGAAUCGAUCCUGCGACGUAUGAUUGACCAAGAUAUAUCGCCAAAUGUCAUCUCUUACAACUCCGUAAUCAACGCAUACGUCAAUUCACGGAACAUUGAACGGGCAGAGGAGCUACUGGGGGAAAUGCAUCAGAGCUUUCUGCAGGGGAAUAUAGAAGUACGACCGACGGUUCAAACCUACACAGUUGUGCUAUCAGGUUGGUCGAAACUCAGAUCUUCCGAUGCCGGAGAAAGAGGAGAACGACUGCUGCGCUUGAUGAGGGAUCUGGCAAAUUCUGGGGAGCUAGAUAGUCCACCUGAUAUUGUGGCAUACAACGCAGUGCUGGACUGUUGGGCAAAAUCGAGGUCACGUGAUGCGAUGAGCAGAGCUCAGGCAUUGAUACGAACCAUGGAAAGUGAUGGUAUCAAACCAGACGUCUAUUCAUACAAUAUUUUAAUCCGUUCAUUUGCCAGAGCCAGAAAGAUAGCGGAGGCAGAGGGUGUUUUGAAAACGAUGAUGGAUGCUGGAGUCGAACCAGACAUAACAUCGUACAAUACACUUUUGGACGCGUGGAGCAAGUCUACUCUGAGGCAAGCAACUGCUCGCAUUCGAAGUUUAUUUCGCGUACUAAAAAAACAUGAGCGUCUUGAACCUGAUUUGGUGACCUAUAAUACAUUGCUGCACUCUUACACAAGGCGCGGUUACGGAGAACAGGCACAGUCGCUACUGGACGAAAUGUGUGGAGAUGGAUCGAGAGUCAGACCUGAUUCCAUUAGUUUCAACACCGUCAUUUCAGCGUGGGCACACAGCACGGACCCCGAAGCUCCACAGCGAGCAGAGGCGAUUCUGGAGAGAAUGAUUGAAAUUGGAGGCCGGGUUCGACCGGAUGUGAUUUCCUUCAACUCGGUUAUGGGAGCAUGGGUGCGAUCAAGAUCGCCCAAAGCAUUUCAGCGGUGUGAAAAGUUGGUUGCAAUAAUGCAUGAGAUGCGCCAAGAGGGAUACAUGACACUCAAGCCAGACCCGGUGACAUUCAACACACUAAUCUCAACAUGUGGAUUAAUGUACAGCAAUGAUCGAAGUUUAGAUGAAACAGCAGGUGAUGGAAUCAGUGGGGAUGACCUUUCUGAAAACGACGUCUCCCCUUCUAUUGACCCAGCAUUGCAAGCAGAAUCCAUUUUGGAAGAAAUGAAGGGCCACUAUGAUCCCGAUGGCAAGACCUACGGUGCGAUCAUCAAUGUGUGGUCUCGUAGCCAUGCUCCUGAGUCAGGCGAGAAAGCCGAAGCUUAUCUGCGAGAACUAAUAGGAAAGGUUUCCUCUGGCAGAGUCAAUGAAAACCUAAGAGCUUUCGAAUUUACGAGCACUAUACGUGCGUGGGGCAACUCGGGAGACCCGAAUGCGAUUUACAAGGCCGAUGAAAUUCUCCAUCUACUGUUGCAAUACAAUCAACAGCAGAAAAAAAUUGAGGAGAAUAGUAGAGGAACCAAAACUUUGGUGAUCCCUGACAAGUUUUUAUUUCAUGCCAUUCUCAAGGUGUUGGCAGCCAGCAAUGUACACGACAAACCAAAGUAUGCAGAUCGGCUCUUGCAACUUAUGAAGGAGUAUGAGGUAAAGCCCUCCCGAGCAAUUGUCCAGUUAUUGGAGGUAUGCUAUCGACGAAGGGUAGAAGAAAUGACUGGCUAA